UCAUUUAAGAAAACUAAAACAAAAAACGGAGAAAAAUCAGGUGAUUGCUUCCUUUCCUCUCUCUCCGUUGCCCACCACCCCCAAGCCCGCGAUAUAUUCGGCGCAGCCCACACCUUCCAGCGAAUUUCCGUCACCCAUCUCCGCACCGCACCCGCAACGCGUCUCUCUUCCUCUCCUGGUCCUCCUGCCACUCCGCCUCAACUUGCUCGGCUAUUCCCGGAUUGCGGCUCGGGGUUGGUCAUUGGCCGUGAGGGCCUUUCAAGAACGGGCGGCGGCGCUUUACCUGACGCAAAUUGCGCCGGUCUCCUGCCUUGCUGCGCGCUUGGGGGUUGGGCUCAGGAAUGGGGGUAGAGCAGGGGCUGCGUCGCCUGGCUCGAUUCCCAUCUCUCUGAACUUAGAUGGAUGCAUCUGUAAACACCAAGAAGAAGGUUAGUUUCUGUGGGAACACUGGCCACAGCCGCUGCGGUGAAGUUCAUUUAGCUGCUGUGUGCUCAGGUCGUAUGCGAAGCAACCCCUUCUCGCUUCAGGUUUGGUUUGCAUUUCCGUUCAAGUAUAAAGGAAGUAGUAUUUGCCAUUUUGGCAUAGCAUUUGAAUAGCACAGGAACCUAGAAAACAGUGUUCCAGCAGUACUACGUUACACUGGUGUUAUACUAUUAUAGAAAACAUGGUGGAUGUGGAACUGUUUUAUAAGGACACUAGUGAUCACAGCAUUAGCUCUGAGGAAGAAGAUAUGCUUGUCAGGAGCUGUAGCAAUCUCAAUGUGAGCUUUGGAUAUCAUUGUGAUUCUUAUCAGAGCUUUUCUCCUGAAAAUGAUCAUGGAAAUGACAUUUCUCCUAAGAACAUGUUUGGGACUAAUACGAUGAUGGGGUCACGGAAUGGCUCAUUUACUUGUUUGUCCGGUGCUGCUAUUAGUGCAAAUUUUACAUUGGCAAAUACAAAUAUUUGCAAUGGUCUUAUUGGCGAAGAAAUUUUACCAGAACUAGAUUCUCCAAACUCCUUCAGAAAAAUUAUUUCAUCUCCAUCAAUGUCAAGAUUGGACUCGUUCUCUACCUCACAAGGCAGUCCUGUGUCAACUGAGAGCUCAAUAUUUGAGAUCAGUAAAAAUAUUUGGAGGUCCAGUGCCCCAACAACUGUAUCAUCCAAUUUUCUGACUAAUACAGAGGUGAAAAUGGCUGGCGGAGCUGCUGGAGAGGAUAGAGUCCAAGCUGUGUGCUCAGAGAAAAAUGGAUGGCUGAUUUGUGGGAUAUAUGAUGGGUUUAAUGGGAGGGAUGCAGCUGAUUUUCUUGCGGUAACUCUAUAUGAUAACAUAGUAUAUUACUUAUACCUGCUGGAGAAUCGGAUAAGGCAACAAAAUGGUUUGUACAAUUCAUCAGAAAGCUCUCUUAAUGGUCUCAAAAGUGAGUUAACACUAGCCAUGAGAAAUUCAGAAAAUGAAGGCAUAAAAUUUUCUGAAACAUUUCGAUCUGGUGUACUGAAUUGCCUUUCUACUGCUGUUGAGCAAGCUGAGAAUGACUUUUUAUGCAUGGUUGAACAAGAGAUGGAUGAUAGACCAGAUUUAGUUUCGGUAGGGUCUUGUAUCCUGGUUGUUCUUCUUCAAGGAACAGAUCUGUGCAUCUUAAAUAUGGGGGACAGUAGAGCUGUGCUUGCUUCCAUGCCAUAUGUAGAAAAUGGUGCUUUGAAGGCUACUCAACUGACAGAGACCCACUCGCUUGAAAAUCCUUUGGAGUACCAAAAACUUUUAGCUGAACAUCCCAAUGAUUCUUCAGUUGUCAGGGGUAACAAAAUAAAAGGAAAGCUGAAGGUUACUCGUGCUUUUGGAGUUGGCUAUCUAAAGCAGAGGAAGUUCAACGACGCACUCAUGGGCAUUCUGCGAGUCCGCGAUUUGAGCAGCCCUCCAUAUGUUUACACAAAUCCACACACAUUGAGUCACAAAGUUACAGAUGAUGAUUUGUUUGUUGUGCUUGGUAGUGAUGGCUUAUUUGAUUUCUUCAGCAAUGAUGAAGUUGUUCGGUUGGUUUAUCAAUUUAUGCAUGAUAAUCCAAUGGGGGAUCCUGCAAAAUAUCUUAUUGAGCAACUUAUACUCAAAGCAGCCAAGGAAGCAGCUCUAACAGCCGAAGAAUUGAUGAGGAUACCUGUUGGGAGUAGGAGAAAGUACCACGAUGAUGUGACUGUCAUUGUUAUCAUCCUUGGAAAUGCACAGAGGACGAUGACUGCAUCAACUUCCUUGUGAAAGAAUGGAGAGGUAGAGAGACGGGGGCUAUCAGCUGGUAAAUUUUUGUGGGUUUUUUGCAUACAUGUAUUCCAAAAUACAAUUUUUUUUCCUGGGAAUCGCGUGGUAGUCAAUAAAACCAAAUAAAAAUGUAUAUAUUGUUUCGAAAUUUGGGAAGUGAACAGAACCUUUUGUUAAAUCACAGGGUGCACCUGGGUUCGUUUGACCUACUUCUGUACAUGAAUCAAACAUGGAGGCUCGUACUUGAGCUAAUGAGUCCAUGAGCAGAGUGGUAGAUCGUUUCAGUUUCCGUCUGCCAAUUUUUUUUCUCUGCUAAUAAGUAUGUGCUGUUUGUGUUGAUCUUAGAAUUAUGACUCAUGGUCCGAACUCACUUGAAUUGAAGUCUGGUUUUCUA